AUGGAAAGAACACCCUUUACAGACGACGCUGCCGCUGCUUCGAAUGGAAGCGAGAACGGCCGGGCCGUAAUUCUCCCGCCAUAUCUUCAGCACGCGCUCUCUGCAGCCCUACCUGGUCUGUCGGGGCCAGAGCUUGUGGACUUCGCGCACACGCCACAGGAAUACCUCGAGCCAAGCCAGAUCCGGACCCUGCACGACCGGAACCCAAAGCUGCAGUAUGCUUACCUCCUGCUUGCUCGGCAUGUGUAUACGGAGACUUUGAAGGAAUUUGGUGCGAGACAUGCACGAAGCGGCGAUGCGGAACCUGUGGAGGUGAGGUUUGAGGAGGCGGGAGAUGGAGUGGGUAAGGAUGAAGACGAACACGAACACGAACACGAAGACGACGACGAAAACGCCAAGUUCGAGGGUACUUCACCGGAAUUGGUCCUGGAGAGGGCCGAGAUCUACGAGGCGCUGGGCUACGCUGACCUGGCACUUGCGGACGCUUAUGCUGCGUAUACUCUGCUCCUUGUGGCGCUAGGUGGCCAUUUUGACAGUGACCUGGUGCCUGCGGGAAGGUAUGGCGAGAUGUGGGUGCCCAGUGGAAAGGAUGGGGAUGAUAAUGAGGCAGAAGAAGAGGGAGAAAAUCACGACGAAGGUCGUCAACAGGAGCAGCAGCGACGUCGUCGUCGUCGGGAGAGUGGCGUUGAUCUUGGGCAAUGGGGGAAGAGAAUCAAAGCUUCUGUCUGCCGUGCUCUGAUGAUUCUAUGCCGAUCCGCGCUGCUCCUCGGCUGUGAGAGCCAGGCAAAGACGUGGUUCAACGAGCUUGUCCGUCGUAGCUCCGAAUUGCCUUAUGACAAAGGCGUCUGGGCAAAAGAGUUUGAUGAGGAGGUUGAGCCGGAGCAGCUAGUGCAGCGGAUCGUGCAGAAGAAGCUGGUGAAUGAGUUGUGGUGUAUAUUCCCGGUCGACACGGAGGGCCUGAGGGAUCGAGUGGAGAAACUAGGCCUAAGUGACUCCGAUAACAGCACGUCUACGAAUCUACCAUUAUUUGGGUGGAGUAUGAGGGAGGUAUAUCCCUGGAGCGAGCUUGAGCCAGAGAGAAUGAGUAAGGAGGCCCUGGAGGACAUCAACGCCCACUUGGCAAAAGCCGCGCCGGAUUUGGAGGUCAAGAUCUCUCACUUACCAGCUCUUGGUGCAGCAGGAGGUGCGACCGAUGCCGCAGACCAAGAGAACUGGGCGCAACUUGGUCUAUAUGCAAAGGAAGACCUUGCCCCUGGGUCUACCAUACUUGAAGAACGAUCAAUGCUUACUGGAAUACGGCCCCAUGGAGAAGCACUCUGUGAUGCAUGUGCUGCAGACAUGGAGGCGGUACCAGCUAGCAACAGACGGUACUGCGAAGGGUGUAACAUUCUUUUUUGCUCGGAAGAAUGUUACUCUGCAGCAACGAAAAGCUAUCAUGCACCAAAUGCGCAGAAUGACGAAACCGGCGAGGGAUACCCUCCACCCGAAUCACCUUUCUGUCCAGGCGAGGUCGGGUUCGAUGAUAUUCAUACUUUAGGGCGGGCGGAAAGUUCUACGACACCGGAGUAUGACCUGUAUUUCCUGUUGUUGUCGAGAACACUACAGGUGGCAGAGACACGGCAAAUCCAUCCGCUGGAUCUCUUCGAGAUCAAGUACUUGUGGGGAGAUUUUUCGCAGACGCGCAACGUGGGCGAUUUGGCUAGCGGGAGGCAAGCGAAGACCACUCGUACACUACCGUUCAGCGUGCGGCAUCAUGUCGAACUGCCCCUUCAAUGGUUCGAGAUCCUCAUGCACUCACGCCGAGAGUGUCGCCCUUACAGUGCCGCUUGGCUGCAGAAGUACGACUGGUGGAUCGUGCAGACGCUGUUCGCCAAGUUCCGCGGGGUCGCAGAUGCCCAGCAAUCUACCUGGACGGGAAUGCCUGAAGUGGCUGCUGUACAUCCGCUGUGGUGUCUGGCCAACCAUAGCUGCAACCCGAACGUCACCUGGAAGCCUUCCGGUGUCAGGAAUCUGACGGUGGUGAAGGGGCAGGUUUGGAGUGCCGAGAGGGGAUAUGCUGAAGACGUAGCGGAGGGUGCAUGGGAUGGAAUAAAAAAGGGAGAAGAGAUCUGGAACCAUUACACGGAUAUCCAUGAGAAGGACUGCAAAGAGAGAAGGGGUCGGUUGCAAGCUGUGCUUGGAGGUGAAUGUCGCUGUGAGCGGUGUAUAGCUGAAGCUGGGCAAGACAGCCUUGUCGAUAGAGAAACAAGAUGA